AUGCUAAAACUGUUAUUCUUACUACUGGUAACAAUUGUUACAGCAAAAGAUUUACCUGGAUUAGAUUAUCUGACAUCUGGCUUUGAUGCCUUGAAGAUGAUUAGCAAUAAUGAAGACGUUACAUCAUCGGAUCGAUCAAAAUUUCGUUUGUUUGAUUUAAGUGAGCGUGAUGGAAAUGACUAUGAAUUGGAAGUAAUGAACAAGACUCAUACAUUUUCAACACCAAGCCUCAUUCAAGUUACCAAUAUCAAUAUGAAAACCCGUGUCAGUGUUGAAUCAGUUUCAUAUACUUAUUUCAACUCAUAUUCAUUUUCGUUUUCAAUACCUGUGGGACCAGUACAAGUAUCAAUGGGUUACCAUAGUGCAUUGAAGAUGGCCUAUCAAGCAAUAACUAAAAAACAAACGGCCAUCGGAAUGUCAACAGAUUGGUGGGGAAUGUUUUCUGUUCAAUUGGCACCAGCAUAUAUCCUGAAGUUUGAUCCUAUAUUCAAUCGCAGUCUGUCAAAAUUAGUUGCUAAUCCGACAACAGACUCCAAGCAAAUGUAUUAUAACCAGUUGGUAUCUACAUUUGGCACUCAUUAUAUUUCGUCGAUUGUUGUUGGUGGUACUGUAGAAAUGUUCACUCAAGUCAAUAGUGAAUUUCAAGAAAGUCAUAGUAAAAUAUCAGUAUCACAGGAAAUAGGCAUCGGAUUCGGUUUAGAAAUGGGUCAAAUAUCAAUUAGUAAUAGUUUUGGUAGUGAAGUUGGUGUUAAUACCGAAGAUUUUAAAAAAAAUACUCAAAUUCAAGUCGAAUUCUCUCCGGCUGUAAUAACAACACCUGAAACAGAAAAAAAAAAUAUGAUAUUUGGUUGGAUCGAGCUUCAUCUACGCCAGUAG